AUUCGCGGGUGGUGAUAUGGUAUCCUAGACUGUCUGUAGGAUAUCCGGGUCCUCAGAUUUCUGUAUUUUCUUCUGCCACUAGCCCACUACAAACCUAAACUAACCUGCCGGAGUCGUAAGACUAUUCUACGCUUCUUACGAGGUUGGUUGGUAUUUGGCAACUUGCUUCUGUCGAUGAGCUGCUUCAGCUGUUGUGUUGAUGAGGAAAGCCAUAAAGCUUAUGAUACUGGGCCUUUCAUGCCAAACGGCUCAACAAGCAACAGCGCAGGUUAUCAUGUGAAAGAAGCUGCACCAAAGGAUGUGCAGACUGUAUUCCAACCCGUUGCUGUACCUGCUAUUUCAAUAGAUGAACUGAAGGAAAUUACAGAAAAUUUUGGUACCAACGCUUUAAUUGGUGAGGGUUCAUAUGGAAGAGUAUAUCAUGGGGUCCUGAGUAGUGGGCAGGCUGUAGCUAUCAAGAAGUUGGAUUCCAGUAAGCAGCCAGACCCAGAAUUUUUAUCACAGGUUUCAAUGACAUCCAGACUAAAACAUGAGAAUGCUGUCAUGCUUGUUGGUUACAGUGUUGAUGGCCCUCAUCGUGUCCUUGCCUAUGAAUACGCUCCUAAUGGAUCCCUUCAUGACAUUCUGCAUGGACGAAAAGGUGUCAAAGGAGCGAUGCCUGGUCCAGUUUUGUCUUGGGCACAAAGAGUUAAAAUUGCUGUUGGGGCUGCAAGGGGACUUGAAUAUUUACAUGAAAAGGCCCAACCUCAUAUCAUCCAUCGCGACAUUAAGUCCAGUAAUGUGCUACUUUUUGAUGAUGAUGUUGCUAAGAUUGGUGACUUUGAUUUGUCAAAUCAAGCUCCCGACAAUGCUGCACGUCUUCAUUCUACUCGUGUACUUGGAACUUUUGGUUAUCAUGCUCCUGAAUAUGCAAUGACAGGACAGUUGAGUUCAAAAAGUGAUGUUUACAGCUUUGGGGUCGUGCUGCUGGAACUGUUAACUGGUCGUAAACCUGUUGAUCAUACGCUGCCACGUGGACAACAGAGCCUUGUUACAUGGGCCACCCCAAAGCUCAGUGAAGAUAAGGUGAAACAGUGUGUUGAUGCUAGGUUAAAUGGUGAAUACCCUCCGAAGGCAGUUGCAAAGGUAUUGAAAAUUUCUCUCGGUCACUUCACACUUGAUGGCUGCUGUCGCUGCCUUGUGUGUGCAAUAUGAAGCUGAUUUCCGGCCGAAUAUGAGCAUUGUAGUCAAAGCUCUCCAGCCUCUUUUGAACACUCGAUCUGGUCCCCCAAGUGAAACGCCACGUCCAUGAAUUCCCCAUUGAGCCUUUAAUCUUUCUUGCAAAGGAGGGCAUGGAGAUCAGUGUUGUAAAUGCUUGCGGUUGAUCAUUUUUGUAAACUUUUUUCUCAAAAUUUACUGGUUUUUUUUUUUUGUAUUCUUCUUCUUUAUAUAGAGAAUUAUACUAUAAAUUCCAUCAUGUAAGAUCAGGGUAGGAUUUCUGUACCAUUUGUUGGUAGCAGCAUAUAAAUUGAGCAGCCUUGUUUGUCCCGA